CUGACUGCUCAGUUUCCUCCUGGGCUCCCCACGGUGUAGACCUCCACCUCCGUCUUGGGCAUGUCCAGUCUCCAGGCACUGUGCUCCGGCCUGCCCCUGCGGCCUCUCCCGGAGAACCACGGACGCCGGGCCGGGGUGCCCCAUGCACCAGUCAGGACCCCCAACCUCAGCCCUGCAGAGGAGCAGCUGGCGCUCAGGAACGCCUUGCGCUACUUCCCCGCGGACGUGCAGCAGCUGCUGGCCGCCGAGUUCGCCCAGGAGCUGCGGCUGUACGGGCACAUCUACAUGUACCGCUUCUGCCCGGCCCUCGAGAUGAAGGCCUACCCCAUCGAGCAGUACCCCUGCCGGACGCGAGCGGCCGCAGCCAUCAUGCACAUGAUCAUGAACAACCUGGACCCCGCCGUGGCUCAGUUUCCCCAGGAGCUGGUGACCUAUGGAGGAAACGGGCAGGUGUUCAGCAACUGGGCUCAGUUCUGGCUGACCAUGUCCUACCUGGCGAAGAUGACGGAGGAGCAGACCCUGGUCAUGUACAGUGGACACCCCCUGGGCCUCUUCCCCAGCAGCCCAGGCGCCCCUCGGCUGGUCAUCACCAAUGGCAUGGUCAUUCCCAACUACUCCUCCCGGGCGGAGUACGAGAAGUUCUUUGCUUUGGGGGUCACCAUGUACGGCCAGAUGACGGCGGGCAGCUACUGCUACAUCGGUCCCCAGGGCAUCGUCCAUGGCACAGUGCUCACCGUGUUGAAUGCCGGCCGGCGCUACCUGGGUGCGGAGGACUUGGCCGGGAAGGUCUUUGUCACCUCUGGGCUGGGCGGCAUGAGCGGGGCUCAGGCCAAGGCCGCGGUCAUUGUGGGCUGCAUCGGCGUGAUUGCGGAGGUGGAUAAAGCAGCCCUCGAGAAGCGCCACAAGCAAGGUUGGCUGAUGGAGGUGACCGACAGCUUGGACCGCUGCAUCGAGAGACUCAGGGAAGCCAGGAGAAAGAAGGAGGUGCUCAGCCUUGGUUACCAUGGCAACGUGGUGGAUCUUUGGGAGCGCCUGGUCCACGAGCUGGACACGACGGGGGAGCUCCUGGCGGACCUGGGGUCGGACCAGACGUCCUGCCACAACCCCUUCAACGGCGGCUACUACCCAGUGCAGCUCAGCUUCUCGGAGGCCCAGAGCCUCAUGGUCUCCGACCCGGCUGCGUUCAAGGGCCUGGUGCAGGAGAGCCUGAGGAGGCAGGUCUCAGCCAUCAACCGGCUGGCCCAGGAGCGCUUCUUCUUCUGGGACUACGGCAACGCCUUCCUCCUGGAGGCCCAGAGAGCAGGAGCGGAUGUGGAGAAGAAAGGCGCCAAUAAGACGGAAUUCCGCUACCCCUCGUACGUCCAGCACAUUAUGGGGGACAUAUUCUCCCAGGGAUUCGGGCCUUUCCGCUGGGUGUGCACGUCGGGGGACCCCCAGGACCUGGCUGUCACAGACCAGCUGGCCACGUCCGUGCUGGAGGGCGCCAUUGCUGCUGGAGUGAAGGCAUCCGUGAAGCUGCAGUACCUGGAUAACAUCCGCUGGAUCCGGGAGGCCGCCAAGCACCGGCUGGUGGUGGGCUCUCAGGCGAGGAUCCUGUACUCAGACCAGAAGGGCCGUGUGGCCAUUGCUGUGGCCAUCAACCAGGCCAUUGCCUGUGGGAAGAUCAAGGCGCCGGUGGUCCUGAGCCGAGACCACCACGACGUGAGCGGCACGGACAGCCCCUUCAGGGAGACCUCCAACAUUGACGACGGCUCUGCCUUCUGUGCAGACAUGGCCGUGCAGAACUUUGUGGGGGACGCCUGUCGCGGGGCCACCUGGGUGGCCCUUCACAACGGAGGAGGCGUGGGCUGGGGGGAGGUGAUCAACGGGGGCUUCGGCCUCGUGCUGGACGGGACCCCGGAGGCCGAGCGGAAAGCCAGGAUGAUGCUCAGCUGGGACGUCUCCAACGGCGUGGCCCGGCGCUGCUGGUCGGGGAACCGGAAGGCCUAUGAGAUCAUCUGCCAGACCAUGCAGGAGAACAGCGGCUUGGUGGUGACCCUCCCCCACGAGGUGCCAGACGAGCGCCUCCUCCAGCAGGCCCUGCGGCACUGAGCCGACGCUGGCACCGGCGUGGUCCCCUCUGUCCCCUCCUCCCAGCCCCAGGGCACCUUCCACAGCCCAUGCUUGGCCCCCUGUAGCUCUCUCAGGGUCCUGGACAGGAUGCCACACUCGGCCCCCGGUGUACCGAUGAGCCAUCAGAGGCCUGGAGAGCCGAAGGCAUGUGCCCAUGACCCCGGGAAGGCACUGGGAGCCCCAGGUGGGCCGUGGAUGUUGUAUGCAGAGCAGGAUCUUGGUGGGUGGGUGCGGGACUCACCUGCCAUGAAUCCAGGCUGGGCUACCCCGUGGUUUGUCUGGCUGGUUUUUGCCUGCUGCCCUGUGUCAUGGCUGCAGCUCUCUGUCCAUCUAUUUGCCCAUUCAUUCAUCUGGGCAAGUACUUUUGGGCUUUAGUGCCCCAGGCUUGGGGACACAAAAGGGCUGGAGCAGGCUGUUGGCGUGGAGCAGUGUGGGGAGGGGGACACACAGGGAAUAAAUGGAUGAAACAAGA